UAUUUUGAGUUUUGAUUUUUUCAUCUUCAAGUGCAUCAAUUCAAAUGCCCGCUAAAAAGAAUGAAAAACAAGCUGAUCACAAGACAAUACUUUUGGGUCGGCCUGGUAGCAACCUAAAGGUUGGUAUUGUUGGCCUUCCCAAUGUAGGUAAGUCAACAUUUUUUAACGUGCUUUCGAAGAAGUCCGUGCCGGCUGAGAAUCGUCCAUUUUGUACAAUUGAUCCCAACACAGCAGACAUCAAUAUACCAGAUGAGAGGUUUGAUAAGCUUGUCCGAAUUGAAAAGCCAGCAUCCAUCGUUCCCGCUCAAGUUCAUAUAUGUGAUAUUGCAGGACUUGUGCGAGGAGCCAGUGGAGGCGAGGGUCUUGGAAAUAACUUUCUCUCUCAUAUUAGCUCGUGUGAUGGAAUUAUUCAUAUGGUGCGUGUUUUCGAUGACGUAGAAAUUACUCAUGUGGAGGGUGAUUUAGAUCCCAUUCGGGAUUUAGAGAUUAUCUUUUCAGAACUGGUUCUGAAGGAUUUGCAAAUCGUAAAUGGUUUGAUUGAUAAGUUGACUCCAAUUGUUAACAGGGGGCUUGACAAAUCAAAAAAAGGGGACCUCGAAACUCUACAUAAGGUCAAGCUUUUUCUAGAGGAGGGUAAACAAGUUCGAUGUUGUCAGUGGAAUGGGAAGGAAAUUGAUUUUUUGAAUACAAUUCAACUUUUAACAGCUAAACCAGCCAUGUUCUUGAUUAAUAUGUCUGAAAACGAUUUUGUUCGCCAGCGCAACAAGUGGCUGAAGAAGCUAAAAGAUUGGAUUGAUGAGCGAACAGCUGAACCCAUGAUACCAUUUUCUGCUGAGCUUGAAGCUCAGUUUCUUACCAUGACACCAGAAGAGGUUACAAGGUAUUGUGAGGAAAAGAAAACCAAAUCUCAGUUGCCAAAGAUCAUUAAAACUGCUUAUAGCAUUAUUAACUUAAUUCAUUAUUUCACAGCAGGUCCCGAUGAAGUGAAGUGUUGGACAAUUCAACGUGGUACUAAAGCUCCACAGGCAGCUGGUAAGAUUCAUUCUGAUAUGGAGAAGGGAUUUAUUUGUGCUGAGGUUAUUGAAUGGGAGGACUUUAAUCGACUUGAAAAUGAAGCUGCCUGCAGAGAAGAAGGAAAACAACAUCAGCAGGGUCGCAAUUACGAAGUUCAAGAUGGUGAUAUCAUAUUUUUCAAGUUUAAUGCAGGAAAAGCAGGAAAGAAGUAACUUUAUCGCGAAAUUAACAUAUUAAUUAACAGUAUUAACUAUUCAAUAAUACAUAUAUCAUUGAAAUCGCUUUUCGAGAAACCAAUGUUAUGUGGAUAAGGUGUUAGCGACUGCGAGGACUUUUUUUAAAGUACGGAA